CUUCGCUCCCCAUCUCCACUCAAUUCCUCCAUCCUCUCCUCGACGGCUGCGAUACAGUGAGGAGAGACGCAGUCAACAUGUCGUUCCGCCCUGGAUCCCGCAUCUUCAACAACUUCCGCCCCUUCUUCCGACAACCGCUGCUUCGCCGACGAGUCGGGACCGCCGCGGCGCCCGGGGAGCAGAGUGGAUUUGCGAAGCUAUGGAAUAGUCCUGUUGGGCCGAAGACGGUGCAUUUUUGGGCACCCAUCAUGAAAUGGGCCCUCGUCCUCACCGGCGCCUCCGACUUCACACGCCCCGCCGAACAGCUCUCUCUUACGCAGAACUUCGCGCUCCUGUGCACCGGCGCCAUCUGGACCCGCUGGUGCUUCAUCAUCAGGCCCAAGAACAUCUUCCUCGCUUCGGUCAACUUCUGCCUGUUCAUCGUGGGCGCCGCUCAGGUCGGCAGGAUAUUGAACUAUCAGCAGAGCCUGAAGAAGGCGGAGGGACAGGCGGCGAAGGAGGGCAAGGUUUUGGAGGGCGAACUGAAGGAUGUGGCGGGGAAGGCCGAGAAGGCUGUCAAGUCGUAGAGCGGUAAAGGGGAGAGGAGUGAUUCGGAGAGAGUGUGGUUCAACAUGAGCGACCAUAAUGGCUUGCUAGAGCUAUCUAUGCGAGCGGUUUUCGGGCUUUUGGCAAUGGGGCGGAAUCGGACUGUACAACUUACUUCCUUCUUUGAUCCGUGCAGGCGUUUAUUUGCUUGACCUUCGAAUAUUAGGGUAGGCACUUUCCAUUCCAUAGAGUCAAAUGCUUUUUAGAAACAGCAACAAACUCGUCCGACGAUCUUCGUGCAUCAUGACGAACCUUGGAAGUAGACAAAC